AUGGAUUUGGCUGUGGAACGAGGCGGUCAUCUGCUUCGAACCCCGCGUCGAAUUUCCAAGCGAUAUGCUGCAGUAUUCGGUUUCUUUGCAGUGUUUCUCUUGCUCCUCUGCAACUUGAGCUGGCCUGAUGACUCCAAGAGUAUCAGCACUCUUGAGUCUCACGAUCUUAUGGAUGUCGCUCAGACUAAGAAGUUCUAUCUCAAGAGCCCUAUCGAGCCUCCCUACAAGAACAAAUUCUGGGAGGUUGGCGAGCGAGUCAAGCAUCUUGGAUAUUGGAUUGGUGCAUCUGAUGCACUACCUCCCGACAUGGAACAGGGUAUUGACAGCUCCAUCGCCGCCGAAACUAUCGCUCAGAGUCUCUUCCCUUUCCUCAAAAGCUCUACCAGAAACCCUGAGUCGGUAACUCCUCUCGCUGAUCUGAGAAAAUCAUACAAACCAGGAUCUCGGGGCAUCAUCAUCCCUGUCGGCGGAGGCGAGCAAUCUGUUCGAUACGCUUGCCACUUGAUAGUUUCACUCCGGCAUGUGCUUCACUCCAAGCUCCCUAUCCAGAUCGCCUAUGCUGGCGAUGAAGACUUGCCGCCUAAACACCGUUCCAUGAUUCAAGGCUUGAGAGGCGCGACAGACAUGGAAUUCCUGGAUGUUCUCAGCGUCUUCAACAACGAGACACUCAAACUCCAAGGCGCCGGCUGGGCUAUUAAGCCUUUUGCACUACUUUCAUCUCGGUUCGAAAAGGCUAUUCUCAUUGAUGCAGAUGCCGUCUUCCUACAGAAGCCAGAAAUCCUUUUCGACCACAAGCCGUUUGUCGAAAAAGGUGCUUACUUGUUUCAUGACCGCUUGCUCUGGAAAGACCGUUAUCCCGAACGUCAUAUCUGGUGGAAAGAUCAGAUCAAGCAGCCUUCACCCGAGAUGUCUAAAUCAAAGGUAUGGAUGGACCAUUACAGCGAGGAGUGUGACUCUGGCGUUGUGGUUGUCGACAAGUCACGCAUCUCAGUCUUUGUCGGACUACUCCAUGUUGCUUGGCAAAACACCCACGACGUUCGAACUGAUGUCACCUACAAGUACGGACACGGAGAUAAAGAGUCUUGGUGGUUGGGCUUUGAGCUUUCCGGCUCAACCUACGAAUUCGAAGCACAGUACGGGUCCAUCAUAGGUUGGGGCGACUCUCCUACUGCCAAGAACGUCAAGAUGGUGUGCUCCUUUGUCAUUGCGCACCUUGACACCAAACACCGCUUACUGUGGUACAACGGCGGCUUGCUAGAGAACAAACGAUCGGACCUCAACAAGUACCGGCUUCCGAGCUUUUGGAUGACUGGUGGUAAAUGGGAGAAGGGGCGUACCCAGGAGGACAUGAGCUGCAUGCAUAACGGGACGGUUUAUUCCUUGACGGAUACGGAGAAGACAAUUCUGGGUGAAAGCAUUGAUAUGGCCAAGGAGGUUGAUAAGGCCUUUGCGAGACAUUGA